AUGCAGACAGAGUGGCUGCCAAGCAAGCCAGACGCAGGCAGAGUGGCUGCCAAGCAAUCCAGACGCAGGCAGAGUGGCUGCCAAGCAAGCCAGAAGCAGGCAGAGUGGCUCCCAAGCAAUCCAAAUGCAGGCAGAGUGGCUCUCAAGCAAGCCAGAAGCAGGCAGAGUGGCUGCCAAGCAAGCCAGAAGCAGGCAGAGUGGCUGCCAAGCAAGCCAGAUGCAGGCAAAGUGGCUCCCAAGCAAUCCAAAUGCAGGCAGAGUGGCUCUCAAGCAAGCCAGACGCAGGCAGAGUGGCUGCCAAGCAAGCCAGAAGCAGGCAGAGUGGCUGCCAAGCAAGCCAGAUGCAGGCAAAGUGGCUUCCAAGCAAUCCAAAUGCAGGCAGAGUGGCUGCGAAGCAAGCCAGACGCAGGCAGAGUGGCUGCCAAGCAAGCCAGACUCAGGCAGAGUGGCUGCCAAGCAAGCCAGACGCAGGCAGAGUGGCUGCCAAGCAAGCCAGAAGCAGGCAGAGUGGCUGCCAAGCAAGCCAGAAGAAGGCAUAGUGGCUGCCAAGCAAGCCAGAAGCAGACAGAGUGGCUGCCAAGCAAGCCAGAUGCAGGCAGAGUGGCUGCCAAGCAAGCCAGAUGCAGGCAAAGUGGCUCCCAAGCAAUCCAAAUGCAGGCAGAGUGGCUGCCAAGCAAGCCAGAAGCAGGCAGAGUGGCUGCCAAGCAAGCCAGAUGCAGGCAGAGUGGCUGCCAAGCAAGCCAGACGCAGGCAGAGUGGCUGCCAAGCAAGCCAGACGCAGGCAGAGUGGCUGCCAAGCAAGCCAGAAGCAGGCAGAGUGGCUGCCAAGCAAUCCAGACGCAGGCAGAGUGGCUGCCAAGCAAGCCAGAAGCAGGCAGAGUGGCUGCCAAGCAAGCCAGAGCAGGCAAAGUGGCUCCCAAGCAAUCCAAAGCAGGCAGAGUGGCUGCCAAGCAAGCCAGAUGCAGGCAGAGUGGCUGCCAAGCAAGCCAGAUGCAGGCAAAGUGGCUCCCAAGCAAUCCAAAUGCAGGCAGAGUGGCUGCCAAGCAAGCCAGAAGCAGGCAGAGUGGCUGCCAAGCAAGCCAGACGCAGGCAGAGUGGCUGCCAAGCAAGCCAGACGCAGGCAGAGUGGCUGCCAAGCAAGCCAGACGCAGGCAGAGUGGCUGCCAAGCAAGCCAGACGCAGGCAGAGUGGCUGCCAAGCAAGCCAGACGCAGUCAAAGUGGCUGCCAAGCCAUCCAAAUGCAGGCAGAAUGGCUGCCAAGCAAGCCAGAAGCAGGCAGAGUGGCUGCCAAGCAAGCCAGAUGCAGGCAGAGUGGCUGCCAAGCAAGCCAGACGCAGGCAGAGUGGCUGCCAAGCAAGCCAGAUGCAGGCAGAGUGGCUGCCAAGCAAGCCAGAUGCAGGCAAAGUGGCUGCCAAGCAAUCCAAAUGCAGGCAGAAUGGCUGCCAAGCAAGCCAGAAGCAGGCAGAGUGGCUGCCAAGCAAGCCAGAUGCAGGCAAAGUGGCUGCCAAGCAAUCCAAAUGCAGGCAGAGAGGCUGCCAAGCAAGCCAGAUGCAGGGAGAGUGA